CAUUAUUGUAUAUAUCUAUAGGUUUCUCAGGUUUUCUCUCUCUUUUCUAUCACGUGACCCGUUCAUUCAUUCAUUCAAUUUCAUAUAUAGUGAGUAGUGAGUGAGGAGAGAAGCAAGAAAAAGACAUCACCCAGUCCCAGAUAGCCAAAACCAAACAAAAAAACUUGCAAGGAAAAAUCUUUUUUCAUUUUUAUUUUGUGGGGUGUCUUAAUCUCAUAAUAUCUUACUCUCUCUUUCUUCCUCUCUCUGUCUCACUCAGUGUCCCCUAAUACCAUCUGUGUGUGGUGGUAGUGUCAUUGUAUAAGGCAAAGAGAGAAAGUGAAAACAGAGAAGGAAAGAAAAAAAGCAGUGAAGGCAUCUCUCUCUGCCUCUGACCUCUCUUUUGCACUCUUUUGCAGAGAGAGUAUUUUCUCAGCUCUGUUUUUCUCUCUGAAGACUACUGUUAUUACACUUUUUAGAGUGAGAAAGUUAGUGAGAGAUAGAGAGAUAGAGAGAUAGAGUGUGUGUGUAUUUUUGUGUGUUGUAUAAAGAGUCGGGUAUAUAAAGAAGAGUGCUCGAAAAAAUGCAGCAGCACCUGAUGCAGAUGCAGCCCAUGAUGGCAGCCUAUUAUCCCAACAACGUCACCACUGAUCACAUUCAACAGUAUUUGGAUGAAAACAAGUCACUGAUCCUGAAGAUUGUUGAGAGCCAGAAUUCAGGAAAAUUGGGUGAAUGUGCAGAGAACCAAGCUAGGCUGCAGCGAAACCUCAUGUACCUGGCUGCUAUUGCUGAUUCUCAGCCCCAGCCUCCUACAAUGCAUUCUCAGUAUCCUUCAAGUAGUAUUAUGCAGCCUGGAGCACAUUACAUGCAACAGCACCAACAAGCUCAGCAGAUAACUCAACAAUCACUCAUGGCGGGAGGCUCGUCCAUGCUGUACAACCAGCAGCCAUUUACAGCUUUGCAACAGCAAGCACUGCACAACCAGCUCGGCAUGAGCUCUGGUGGAAACUCGGGACUUCACAUGCUGCAAAGUGACAUGGGUAGCGCUGGAGGCAGUGGGCAGCAGCUUGGAGGUGGAGGAUUUCCUGAUUUCAGCCGUGGCUCUGGAGGAGAAGGGAUGCAUAGAGGAAUGGCUGGCGGUAGUAAGCAAGAUAUGGGAAGUUCUGGAUCGGCUGAAGGCCGAGGAGGGAGCUCUGGAGGUGACGGGGGUGAGACCCUUUACUUAAAAUCUGCCGAUGAUGGGAAUUAAUAAAGAGGUAAGAACUAAAGAACAACCCCAACUUACUGGUGAGUUAGUGUUAGGAAAUCUAAGUUAUGAUGAGGAAAGAUGAAUUUAGGAGCAGAAGAAAAUAGAUGGGCAGGAGUAAAAAAGAAUGAAGUUACUGCUGCUGUUUAAAAAACUUGCAUUAUCUUAUGUGUAAAAACAGUGGUGAUCGAGGGUCUUACUCUCAAUCAAACUUGGAGCUUUUAUAUCUUUUUUAGUAAUAUAUGAUAAUGCAGCAUUUGUAGUA